AUGGGGAGAGGCGUGCGGAGCACUGCGGGCGGGCGAAGCAGGGAGCGUGGUGAGGCAAACCCGCUGCUGCAGCCCGGGCGGCCGUUCCACCCGGGGGUUCCGGCGCUGCGGAGGCCGCUUGCACCCUGCAGCCGCGUGCGGCGAUGUCCCCGAGGGGCCGGCGCAGGACGCGCACACCUGGCCGCAGAGAUCCCGCGUUAUCCUUCCAGGGGUCACUGUGCCGCAGGCAGACAGGUGGGAUAG